AUGGAAUAUUUCUCGGGGACGAUCCACAUUCAAGUGAUCGAGGCAACUGAGUUGAAGGCGACCGCGUGCGCCACGCGUCAUGCUGUGGGUCCGGCAGCCAAGCUCUAUGAGCUCCUAGAUCCUUACGUAACUAUUGAGGUAGACGAUCUCGCCAUCGCUAAAACUUCUACCAAGUCCAAGACAAAUUCACCGCGCUGGAAGGAAGACGUGAAGGCGGAGGUGACCAGUGCGCAGCGGCUUACUUUCACUGUCUACCACGAUGCCGCCAUCCCGCCCGAUGAUUUCGUGGCCAUCGCUGAACUCCUUAUGCGGAAUGUCCGUGCUGGCAACGAGUUUUGGCUGGAUCUAGAACCCCAAGGGCGGCUCAAGUUGCAGAUUGAUCUCAUUGGCACACGAACAGAUGAACCUCCGAAGUUGGCCUUUGAUAAGGAUAAUUCUCUUGCCAGUGGGGGUGUCUUCCAUGCGAAGCAUUAUCGAGCGGGAGCUUUGCGAAGGCGGAUUCACCAAGCUAAAGGCCAUAAAUUUCAGGUUACGGUGCUGAAACAGUUCACCUUCUGUUCCCUCUGCAAUGACUUCAUCUGGGGCCUAUGGAACCAGGCCUACCAGUGUCAGGUGUGCACCUGUGUGGUACACAAGCGCUGUUAUCAGAACGUGAUUACUCAGUGUCCAGGCGUCAAGGCGCCAUCUACGGGUUCCAACGCAGUUCUUCAGGGGAAUGUUGUCGACCAGAUAGAGCCAGAACGGCCGAAUGAGCGGGCAUUUGGGCAGGCGGGCGAGCUGAUUAACGAACGCACGAAGCUUAUCCUUAAAAUUCCAACUCCGGAUGUUCAGACACUCAUUCGAUUGCGAGCUAUCACGAUUUUGCUCGAGUAUCUCUAUGGUUCAAUUUGGAAUCGUUUCAACAUUAACGUGCCGCAUAAGUUCCGAGUGCACACGUACAUGCUGCCGACGUUUUGCGAGCACUGUGGCUCUCUCCUCUUUGGUAUAAUGCGUCAGGGCCUGCAAUGCGAGGUUUGCAAGGCGAAUAUCCAUCGGCGCUGCGAGAAGAACGUGGCUUCGCACUGUGGCGUGAAGACGCGCAACCUCAUCACCGCCAUCCGCGAGUGCGGUCUCAACCCAUCCGACCUCGGUCUCAGCGCGGAGGCGGUCGCUGCCGCCAGCGCCGCCGAGGUCUCCGUGCGCUCCGCUCCCACGCACCACGACCUCAAAGCUUCCGAGCUCUACCCCUGCGGUAGCAGUGGAUGCGUUCCGCACGAGAGAUCUUUCAGUUCACCCAUCCCGAUGCCUCCGACGACACCAAAUGCUUCUGACAUGGCUGUCCCUGACCUCAACGCGGUGCACCUGAGUAAGGACUCCGUCGCCCAUGGCCUGAUCGCCCACCGGCCCAGCUCUAUGAUGGAGGGCGAGGAGGGAGAGGUGACACUGGGCGCCGUGGGACCGGGCUCAGCAUUAAUGAGUCGUCGGCACUUCGUACCGCGCAUUCCCCGCUUGGCUGACUUCAACCUGCUCAAGGUGCUGGGCAAAGGCAGCUUCGGCAAGGUUAUGCUGGCCGAGCACCGUGCCACCGGCGAGGUGUUCGCCGUAAAAAUCCUCAAGAAGGACGUCAUCAUUCAGGAGGAGGAUGUGGAGUGCACCAUGGCCGAAAGACGCAUCCUCGUCUUGGCCGCUCAGCACCCCUUUCUCACCGCGCUCUACUGCUCAUUCCAAACCGAGGACCGUCUAUUUUUCGUGAUGGAAUACGUGAACGGCGGCGACCUGAUGUUCCAGAUCCAGAGGGCACGUCGCUUUGAUGAAGCGCGUGCUCGUUUUUACGCUGCUGAAGUAAUUCUUGCACUAAUGUUCCUCCAUCGCCACUUCAUUGUAUAUCGGGACUUGAAACUUGACAACAUCCUCCUCGACGCUGAGGGGCACUGCAAACUUGCCGACUUUGGCAUGUGCAAGGAGGGCAUGUUUCCGGGUGUCACCACCUCCACUUUUUGUGGCACUCCUGACUACAUUGCUCCUGAGAUUUUAGCCGAGCAGGAUUAUGGAUUUAGCGUGGACUGGUGGGCAUUGGGCGUGCUCAUGUAUGAGAUGCUGGCCGGCGCGCCACCCUUCGAGGGAGACACGGAGCAGGACCUCUUCAACGCCAUCUCCUACGGUGAUGUCAAGUACCCUUCGUCGUUGCAGGACGAUGCCGUCGACAUUCUCUCUAAAUUUUUGCUGAAGUCGCCGGCCCGACGGCUGGGCUGUGGGAUGACCGAGGGCGGUGAGUUGGCGAUCCAGUGUCAUCCCUUUUUCAGGGAGAUCGACUGGAAAUUGCUGGAGGAGCGCAAAAUCCGUCCUCCCUUCCGACCCAAAGUUCGCUCCCGUUUCGACACUACCAACUUCGAUAAGGAUUUCACAAAUGAGGAACCAGUGUUGACGCCACUGGAUCAUUCGAGCGAAUUGGCUGCGGUGGAACAAGACGUGUUCGUGGCAUUUGAUUGCGUGAACUCGGACUACAGCGCUUUGCGUCACCAUGCCACUAGGCCGAGUCAGCAGCAGCCCCUGCUCUCCGUCUCUGAAGGGGUUAAUAUCACCAGCAGCGACCCGCAAGGCUGCUGCUACCGGUACCACCACUCCGACAACCUCCGCAACCAACGAGUAACGGCGAAACCGGCGACAAUCCCUUCCAAUUCCUCCAUCCAUCCACCUACCUAUCCUGCUCCCUCGUCUAUCUGCCUGCCUGUCUGCUUCACCCGUUCUCCAAGCGCCCUCCGUCUGGAGUGCCGGAACCGCCCUCCUCUCGAACUCCGUCCACUUGCAUCUAUUUUGAUCCCGCCUACUGUGCCCGAAAUUGGACUAUGCGUUGGCAAUGUCACCACAAUACCGGAUGCCGGUGUCUGUGUUCAUGAUCUUAAUCAAGAAGCAUGCAUGGUGCAUGUGUGGAGUCAGCACGGUGCAGCUGCGGAAGUCGAGUUCCUGGUGGUACGUCACGUCCACAUUAAGUGA